AUGACUUGCAUUCCCGAUUGGUCAAACUGGUUACUUUUUGUUUCAGGUGACAUUUUAAGCGGGGUCUGCUAUGUCGGCGUGUGGAAUGUGGACGCCUUACGGGCAUUUGUGCUUUCCCCACUAUGCGGAUAUCUAAUUUUGGGCACGAUAUUUCUGCUGGCCGGCUUCGUCUCGCUUUUCCGAAUUCGCACGGUUAUGAAACAUGACGGCACAAAAACGGACAAGUUGGAAAAGUUGAUGAUACGAAUAGGAAUUUUCUCCGUUCUCUAUACGGUACCUGCACUCAUUGUUAUCGCUUGUCUCUUUUACGAGCACUACUUCUUCGACAUGUGGAUAAACACGUGGCGAAAGGAUAUGUGCUUCAAUAAGCCACAAUAUACAAUACCUUGUCCAAGAACGAGGGAUCCAGAUCGAAGACCUCAGUUUGAAGUAUUCAUGAUCAAAUACCUGAUGUACAUGAUAGUGGGCAUUACUUCGAGCGUAUGGAUUUGGUCAGGUAAAACGGUGCACAGUUGGAAAGUUUUUAUGAACAAGCUACAGGGGCGACAUUCGGCAGCGUAUGUGUAGGAAUAUUCGUUAAGCUUCUUAGCAAUCAAUGUGUUCCUUUAAAUGUCAUCACAGUCCUGUGAUUUAAGUAAAUUUUUAAUAACAAAUUGAUAUAUUUCAAAAUUUACCGAUAUAUACACUUUGGAAUUUUUAUAUUUUUUACCAUAUACUGUAGCUAUAAGUAUUUAUAUUAUAAUCUACCUCUAUACGACAUGAUUUGCGCUACGCGUUGCUCUUCUAUUGUUAUUAAUCGAAGGUUUUACGCACACCACUCCUACUAUUAUAUUUUAAUUUACAAAGUUGUAAAUAUUGACCUGUACAUAAUUAUUGUUUUAGUUCUUAUUGUGUUCAUUUGUUUUAUUACUUACUAGUGUCGCCACAUUGCACUGUUUCUACCCACAAAAUUGGAAUAAAUGAAAAGACGUUGUACAUUACUUACAUCUACGAAAUUUUGUUUAUGAA